UCUUGAUUCGUUUUCCUCUAGCUCAUAGUUAUCAAGGUGCUUGGUAUCUUAUUUCAUAAGUGGGAGAAAGUUUCAGUAAAUUACACAGAUCAUAAUUAUUAAAAUGUUAUGAUAUGUUUCGUGUUACCACAAUUAUCACCUUAUAUCCAAACAACUUAAAAUCAUAUAUUUCAUAUGUUUAAAGAGUAGACUUUUUGGGUACAUUUGGACUUUUACACAAUAAAUUUUAAAAUGUCCCAUGAAAACAAACUCAAGUAUUUGAUAUCAGGAAAUCUGCAUUAACAUCGUAAAUUCAUACGCACUUGUUAAUCAUAAUACCAUAUAUUUUCGUUCAUAGUUAUUGAACUACUAAAACUUGGCCUAGAUUGGUUUUGUUUUUAUAUCUAAGAGAAUUUCCUAAUUCGAACAAUUUCGAAAGAUACAAUUAACUCAUUUUAGUACAGAAACACUUAUGCGUUAAUCCAAAACAAUUCAACAUAGAAUUAUUUUGUGUUUAAAUAUACAUUGAAACAAGGUGAUAAUUAUAUUUCAUUUUUAUUGUGGAUUUAUUCUGUUGGGUGGUGAUUUUCAACAAAAAUAAAAAGAAAAGUGAACACUGAUUCAAUUAUACAAGUGAACAAAUAAAACACUAAAAUAUGCCUCCAGGAAUUCAACCAAAAUUUAUAGACAAACCAAAAAUUAAACAAUCUGGCAAAAAUGUCAUAUUUGAAGUUGUAGCUGAAGCAGAUCCAGCGCCAGAAAUUCUUUGGACAAAAGCUGGGAAUGAAAUAAAAAAUUCUUCACGUUACAAAACUAAUUGUCGUACACUUGGUAGACAACAUACAUUAACAUUAGAAAUUAAUCAAGUAACAGCUGAUGAUGGUGGAGAAUACUUGGUAACAGCCAAAAAUAAACUUGGUGAUUCAACAGCCACAAUAAAUUUGAAUAUUGGAUCAGCUAAAUCUACACCAACUAAAGCUCCGAAAUUUCUUGAGAAACCAGUGAUUCGUAUGGAUAAGUCUAAAGGUGAAGUUAUCUUAUCAUGCAGAUUAGAAGCAAAACCGGCUGCAACACUGACAUGGUAUUUAAAUGAUCAAGAAAUAAACGAAAUCUCUGGGAAACGUGCAUGGGAAGUUUCAGAGCAACCUGAUGAUGUUUAUAUUAUUGAAAUACACAUUUUAUCACCAAAACCAGAAGAUGGUGGUAUGUAUAAAAUUCAUGCAAAAAAUUCAGCUGGAGAAAGUAAUGCAAAUAUCAAUUUAAAUCUACAAGCAAAUCAGAAACAAGCAGGAAAAGGGCCAGUAUUUGAAAAGCCGAAAAUAUACCAAAAUAAUCUAGGACGUGAUGUAAUUUUAGAAUGUCGUUGUAGUGCAGAUCCUGCACCUACCUUCACUUGGUAUCAAAAUACAAAAGAACUUAAAGCAAGACCAGGUAGAUAUGAAAUGGAAGAGAAUAAAGACGGUGCAGUAUUCUUAAACAAAUUAAAAAUAAUUAAUUUUAUGAAUGCAGAUGCAGGCACAUACAAAUUAAUGGCCAAAAAUAAUUCAGGUGAUGCGACUGCAGUUAUGGAGGUAAAAAUGCCUAAGAUUGUCGGAAUGCCAAAUAUUCGUUUUGAAGAUAACAAUCAACGUGCUUUUCUUGAGGUCCGUGUCGACUCUGGGAAUCCUCCAGAAGCAAAAUGGUCACAUUCAGGGAAAAGUAUCAAAGUGGAAGGACGCUAUAGCUCAGAAUGUACAAUGGAAGGUAGAAAUUACGUGAUGAAUCUCACAAUUAAUGAUCUAACCGAAAAAGACUCUGGACUAUAUGAAUGUGAAAUUUUCAACGGUGUUGGUAAAGUACAACAGUCAAUUACAGUUAAAGUACCACCCAAAGAUCCUAAAGUCAAACUUCCACAAAUCGUAGGAUACUUGAGCAGCCAGACUGCUGAAUUAGGACGAACAUUUAUAAUGACGGUAGAUUAUGCAGUUGGUUCAGUUACUCCACAAGCUAAGGUACUGAAAAAUGGAAAUGAUCUAUCACUUGACAAACGAUGUACUGUUCGAGUUGAUUCUACUAAACAUUCAGUUAUAAUCACAAUAAAAAAUGUACAAAUGGAUGAUAAAAGUACAUAUACUCUUCAAUUGUUAGCAAAUGGUAAUGUUUGUGAUAAAGGAAAUUUUGAUUUAUCAGUUAUUCAAGUGAAUGAUGAAGCAAAUGAAGAGGUUGAUGAAGUUGGUGAAUUACACGUACCUUCAAACAAAGGAAGUCGACGCUCAUCAACUGUUAAAAAGGAGGAGGAAUAUCUUAAUCGUCGCUCUUCACAGGAAAAGCCAGGUCUUCUAGAUCCUAAGGCUUUGGAACAAUCACUUCAGGCUAGACGUGAUUCAAUGACUAAUCGGAGAACGUCACUGGCUGAUGCAAUCCCUGGAUUUGCUGGAUUAAAGCAUCGGGAGACACCGAAAGUUGAAAAAGAAUAUUUUGUUGAAGAGUUACAAGAUGUAAAAAUUAAAGAAGGUAGUUUAAAAGCGUUGCUCAAGUGUACCUUCUGCAAGUCAACAUCUAAAUUUCGUUGGUAUAAAAACAAGUUGGAAAUAUUUCAAGGGCCAAAAUAUAAUUUUUUGCAAGAAGGUAAUGAAUUCGCUUUAGAAAUCAAAAAGAUUGCUAUGGAAGAUGUAGGCAAAUAUACUUGUAAAUGUAAUGAUAUUUCAACAACUUGUACAAUACAAGUUGAAGAAAAAAAGCAUACAUAUCAUUUCAAUCAAAAAUUGCCUAAAACAGCUGAAGUUGUUCGAGGUAAAGAUUUAACAGUUGAAUGUUCUGUGUCCGAUCCAAGAGCAACUGUUGCAUGGUAUCAUAAAGGUGAAAAAGUUGAAUAUGUGGCUGGUAAAAUUGAAAUUAAACGUCGUGAAAAUCGUUGUAUUCUUCGUAUUGUACGAGCCAGACCUGAACAAGAAGGUGAAUACUGUUGUAUUGUAGAAGGGGAUGAAACAUAUAUGGAUAUUGCAGUUGAAGAUCCUGACUGGUCUUUUACGCGAGAACUUAAACCUCAACAAGCUUUAGAAAAUGAUGAAGUGGUAACAUUUGAAUGUGAAGUGUCCGAUCGAGAUGCUGAAGUUACUUGGUAUAAAAAUGGAGAGGUAAGUGUAACAGGUAUUUUUUUCAAUUGAUUAAAGUGAUGAGUAAUUAGAAAAUCGAGAUUUGUACUAAAAAGAAAACUGGAAACACUGAAAACUAUCAAUUUAUGAGAGCUAAAAUGCAAACAGACAAACCAUGACAACACUUCAAAUAACUUUUCACAUAUUUCAAUAAUAAAUUUCUAAAACAAUAUUUAUUAAUAACUGACAUCAACUAGCAAAACACUGAAACACAUUCAAAAUAAAGUUCCAUAACUGUCUAGCCUUCCUUUGAUCAAUCACUGUAUUCAUAUCUUAUCUCAUCGAUCCAUUGGUUAACUUUAGAUCCGGUUAAAAAGAAAACAUUAAUGAGUAGAAAAAAAACUAUUUAAUUUAGUAAUAGUUCGUUGUUAGUUUGGUGUAGAAUUCACUGUUUGUAUUCUUUGGUAGGAAACUUAUGCUAGAUGAAAUUUAACUGAAUGUAUGAGUACAAGUGUGUAUUGAUCUAUAUCCUAUAGAUGCCGUACAUUUUAUACAACGGGUAUCCUACGUAAAUCACUUGAGAAUGAAUUGUAUAAAACAUCCAUAUGAAAAAUUUCGCAACAGAAAUUAAUUUUACUUUCAAAGUCCAUACUUAUUUUUUGUAUGCAUCUGAUAUUUAUGAAUAUUUUUGUUAAUCUCUAAUGUAAGAACACCUCGUGAAGUGUAAAAUGAAAUUAGCCUCGUACACUACAUUAUCAUUGAAAUAGCAUUAGUUAGUACAAGCUACUUAUUUUACUAUUCUAAAUAACUAUAAACACCAAAACAAGUUUGUUCAUUUUCAAAGAAAUCAAUCUUACUCUAGGAAUGCUUUAAAAAUGCUCAGGUCAUUUUCAUAUCGUUUAACGUAAUUAAGAUGGGAUAAACAACACUGUGCUAUCAGUAAAACAAAAAGUGACUGUAUACAGAAGAUUAUUUGCAUCGGAUGUAAAACCUAUUUGUGAAUAUUUCAAUGCAGCACUCGGUGUUAAUUUUAAACAACAUAAAAACAAUAUAUGACUUCAUAUCGCCUUUAUCGAACAAAUACAUUCUUUAAAUGGGAUGAAACAUAUCCAAUAAACUGGUGCUGUGGUGAACGAAAACUCAUGUACAGUAAACCAGUUAAUUGUUUUAUGCAUAACCAAACAGUAUCUUUGUAAAAUAUGAAAAUCAUACAUUAAAUACAUCAUUUACAUAUCUCCCUUAAGUUGUUUUUCGCAUACUUCGCCAUUCUUCUAACCCUGUUGUUAUUCUGAUUGCUAUUCAAUUUCCUUCCUUUUCUCUUUAUUUCCCUCUUCUGCUAGUAAACAUUCUAUUCUCAAUUCCUGUUACAUAAUUUUAUGUCUGUCUAAAUAAGUAGUGCACACCGCAUUGCUACGACAAUUUGUUCAAGGAAAAUAUUUAUUUGAAGUUGUCUACAGUAAAGUCAGUAAGAUGAUCACUACACAUGAAUCAUCUGUGAAAUAUAUCACACUCUUAUUUAAUAAUAUAUUAUAAAGUAUUAAUCGUUUAAAGAUCCUCGUCAUAUUAAAAGACUAGUAUUUGAACAAAGAAUAUUCUUUUCAAU